CCGCCUGCCCCGCUGACGGCGCCGCGAUGGCGGCGGGCGGGGCGCGGCUCGUUUGAGCCGCCAACAUGGCGGCGCUGCGGGAGGAGGAGUUCGCGGCGCUGCAGAGCCUGCUGAAGGCGCCGUCCAAGGACGCCGUGCGGCAGCUGUGCCAGGAGUGCUUCUCCAGCCCGCCCGCCGCGCUCCGCCCGCUGGCCCAGCGCGCUUGCCCCGGUCUCACCGCCGACCCCGAGGAAGCGGAGCAGCUGGUAUCUGCUUUGCACAGCCUCACCAGGCAUGUCGUGUACCGCGGCUUGACGAGGGCAGAAGAUAUCCUCUCUCUUUUCCCAGAAAACUUCCACCAAAAUCUGAAAAACCUUCUGACAAAGAUAAUCUUGGAGAAUAUCUCUGCUUGGAGGAAUGAAGCACAAGCAAGUCAGAUCUCCCUGCCUCGGCUGGUCGACAUGGACUGGAGGGUGGACAUCAAGACGUCUUCAGACAGCAUCAUAAGAAUGGCAGUCCCUACUUGCCUGCUUCAGUUAAAGAUUCAGGAAGAUGCUGCCUUAUGUGGAAAUAAUCCUGUUGUUUCUGCACUGACUGUGGAACUGAGUAAAGAAACCCUGGACACUAUGUUAGAAGGUCUAGGAAGGAUUCGGGACCAACUUUCUGCCGUUGCAAACAAAUGAAUACUCAAUGGCACGGAUUCCAGCAGCAAGGAAGGGAAGUAUUCUCUACCUACAGCUCUCGUAUGUUGCAGUCCAGUGUGUAACACAUCAUCUGUUUUAGCAAAACAAAACUGAAGAAGUUUCUUUAUUGAAUUAAUGAGAUAGCUUUCAAAAGCUAACACUCAAAUAUUCAUUUGGUCUGAUACCAAAAAGUGCUUUCCCAAUGUAUUGUUGAAGAAAAGCUGUUCACCAUUUCAGAAGAGAAUUGGAGGGCUCAGAGCUGGGUUUAAUCACAAGGAUUGUAGCUGGAAAGAGCAAAUAGCUGCAGCCAGUGAAACAAGUGCUAUCCCUUUGCCCCAAAAUGAGAAUCUAAAAGGCUCAAGCUGGUUAAUGGGCUGCCUUCCAGUAUUAGAAAAAGAGGGUGCUUCUCUCUGGAAUGUGCACGUACUGAGGUGCAUGCUAGAUGUAGCACUCUCUCUCUCUCUCAGUGAAGCACAGCCAUGAGGCAGAUUGUUAUUACAGGAUAAUGCUUUGAAACAGGGCAAUUAUGCACAUUCCCUUCUGAUCAGCUGCGUAGCACCAUUUGUGAAAUGACUAUAGUCUGAACGUCUUUAGCAGGAACUAAUUACCUCCUUCUGUUUGACAAGAAAAAAAGGAGUUCACAUAAUUCAUGUUGGGGUUUAUUGGACUCUGGGCUUUCCUUUCCUGCACAAAAAACAAACUGGGAAAGUAAAGAACUGAAGGCUGUUGUCUGUACUGUAGGAAACCCUUCUGUGGUAAUAUGUGCCUAUACUUCUCCAAAGUGUUCUGUUGUUGGUGUAAAUCUUCAUUUAAUUAAAGAAUGAAAUGGUAAUUGAUUUUGUGAAUCCUUUUCUGGAAGAGAUGUCCUGGGUUACCUCAGCCUCUCUGUGAUGAUGCCAAGUUUCUAGGCUGGUUUAAUGGAUGUGCAUGUUUCUUGCUGAAGAAGGAUCUUUUGUUUCCUGUUCAGAUUGAUUCAUGUUUUACUGUCUUCUCUUCAUUAUAAUACAGUUUCAGGGCACCUUUUUCCGUGGGCACCAGCUCUGUGCAAUAUUUAAGGUGAUGACCCUGACCUAGAAGUUUAUAAAUAUAUGUGCAUUGAGAGUGUGGAGGAGUUAAGUGCAGAAAAUCAACAAAAUUAAGACUCUUCUUUAUGGUGGCCUUCUCUAAUGCUGCAAACUAGAAGUCUGGAUCCAAAUGCUUUGUUUAUGGCAAAGUCCCACCUGUCAUAUAACAUUUGGCUCUCCUUCAAGACACAAAACAUGUCUGUUGUGUUUGGAAACAUGAAAUCAUUCAAGAAGUGUGCAUAAACUACAGGAACUUUGUUAAUUAAUUUUAUGCAUCCCCACAGAGUGCAGGCUUAGAGUAUAUGUGUAAAUGAAACCUGUGCCUUUAAAAGAUAAUGAUGUAGUGCAGCUCGUGCAUCAGGAUCAGCUGUAUGACAAGUCACUUGUUAAUGUCUACUUUGAGCAAAGAUAAUAAAGCUUGGUGUGAUGUCAAGGCAAACUGGUAUAUUUCAUGUAUAAUAGGGAAAUCUGAAAGGAGAAGAUGGAUGUUUAAGAAUAUGUUCUGUAAGAUUCAAGCUGUGAAAAGCAUCUGUAACAGACUGCUUCAGUUUGAGGAAGUUUUGUUGCCUCUGCAGCCUAACCUUAAAAAAAUCUCAAAUAGGUUAUAUAAUACUGUUUUAGAAGGUGAGAAUCACCGAGGAGGUAAAUAAUGCAGGAUGAAGUACUGUAGUGUUAGAGGAGCUGAGGAAGUUCAUACACAGAGGAAGUCCUUGAGGUAAAUAGUAAAGUUAUAGCCAAAAUGUACACUCUAAUGGAAUGAAGAACUGAUAGUUGCAUAGAGUUCUCAUGUAAAACCAUUAUACAACUACAGAAUAGUUGUAAAGAAAAGAAAGACUUAAAACUGAGAAGGCUUAUCCAGUGUCAGAAUGGAGCUAUCUGCACGUAGCUAAAAGUUGCUUGUUGAACUGUAAUAAAGGGAUGUGCCCCCUGGAUCAGAGACAUGACAAACAUGGCUUCAAGGGGUAUAUCUCAAGUCAUUCUGAAAUAAGGUGCUGGUAUUUUCUAGCCCAAGAUUUAGGACGCUGUGACAGCUUGCCUUCAAUCUUUGCCUAAAUGGUUAGGUAUUUUAUUGUUGGUUCUUAUCUCCUUAGCCAGAAGAGUUGAAACUGCUCAGAAAAAGGUAUAGAAAACGAGAGGCUGAGUAGGACUCUCAUUACCCAGCCAGCAGGAAUACUUCACAUUAAAGUCCUUUUUAUAGGGACUGCUACACAGAGAAUAAUAUACCUGCUGCUCUCUUAAAAUCAGAUUUUCAUCCUCCCUCCACAUAUUGCUGCUGUUUGGUAGGGCUAGCCUAAAUGUACUCAUCUCUGUUAUCAGCUUGUUAUUGUGCCAACACUGUCCUCUUUUGUUAACUUCUUUCUUUCCUUUCCAUUUUGCCUUCAUACUUAUGAAGCAGUGAAAUCCCUGUCCACUUUCAAUGGCUAAGCCUAGUAAGCUCUACACACUGUGCCUUUCAGAAUCAAAGUGGCCAUUCUUUACUCAACAGUUUGUAUCUCUCUUGAAAGGGGGUCACCACCACAAGUCUUCCUUUCUGGAGAAGAAUUGUCCAAGAACAAACUGUCAUAGUAUGCAGAUCACCUGAAUUUACUUCUCCCAGAAAACCACAAGCCUUCAUAGCGAAGUGGAGCUUAUUUCAGUAUUUGAGAAAUAGAAAAUAUGUACACUAUUAUCAAGUGAUAAUUCAGUUACAGUAACCAAAACAAUGAUAAAUUUAUUUGUAAAGCAUAAGUAUGCAAGUUAAAGUCAAGUUGUAAUUUCACAAUUCAGACAUUAUAUUGGAUCUGACUGUUUAAAAAACAUUAAAAACAUUAAAGCUUACUUGGUUUUAUUCAAAACAAUACAAACAAUGCUUCCUUUUAUUGCAAGAAAAUGUGUACUUUAGGGUGUCCAGACUAAAAAUUGUAUAGACGUGAUUGAGAGCAAGAAAAACUUCAGAAUAAAAUGCUUUAAGAUUUC